AUGAAUAUUCCUAAAAAUGAUCAGCCUGAAUUUUCGAAUGGAUAUGGUUCUGCUAAUAUUGCUACCAUCAUCCUAAAUCUUUUUGAUAUUAUUGAUACUACUAAUCAAUAUCCUCUUCAUGAUAUUUACAAUAUGGACAAGACAGCUUCAAUAUGCAAUUUAUCUGAGAUGAAAGAUAUAUAUAAAGUCAAUCAAUUGCAGACUAAUAUUGCCUGGAGUGAAGUAUCAGCUAAAACAAUCAAAAGGUGUUGGUUUUACACAAAAGUUAUAUCCCCUUGUGAUGAAAAUAGUGUACCUAUCAUCUCCCCUAUUACUAAUGAAGAUAUUAAUGAUGUAAAAAAAACCCCACCUUUUGAUCCAAAUAAUGAACUAGUAGUUAAGGAACUCUAA